ACUUUUGGAUUCGUCCUGAGUCUGAGCUGAGUGGUCUCAAUACAAAGUCUAAAAUUAAUACAUUCGGAUAGAUUACCCUUUUGCGUCGGUUGUAAAUUAUAAUAUUACUGCUUUCCAAGCCAGUCGCGUAAUUUAUUUUCAUAUUUUCAUUAGGAACAGUUUCUAUCUGCAUUGCAGAAAAUUCAAGUAAGUUAAUUCCAAAUUCCAACUUGUUGGUACUGCGGUUUAUUGACAUCCAUGAGCCAAUCAAAUUACGGGAAAAUGCAAAGAGUUUGAAGAAAGUGCAUUGUGGCGCGGGUAAUCCUAGCUGUGGUUCAUAAGAUGACCACAGGACUCCGUCACAUCGCAACUGAACCUGCAAAUCUUAAUCAGAAACCCUUUACCGCCAUGGAUAGAAAGAGAAGCCCUCAACUGCGUAAUAAGAUGAAAUCAGUGGCCGGUACUGCAUCUGAUUCGGAUGGAAGUGUUGAAAGUAACAGUCUCUCUGUUGAUUCCAACAAUGACCAGGUGUCAAAGAUACCCCCGUCAAAAGAACCAGUUCUCAAGAGAAUCAAUAGAAGGGGCUCAGAGUGGGAGAUUGUCGAAGGUCUGAAAGAUGGACAGAGAUUUGAAAAAAAGCCUGAAGUUUUCACUGGGUACUUGCACAAAAAACGGAAAUGGCCCCUCAAAGGAUGGCACAAGAGGUACUUUGUCUUAGACAAAGGUAUCCUUGUGUACGGAAAGAGCCCAGGAGACGUGGCGAGAGGCAAGAUACACGGAUCCGUGGAUAUCGGACUCUCUGUGAUCUCCACCAAGAGCAAACGCAAACGGCUUGACAUCGAUGCUGAGGAAUUCAUACAUCAUCUCAAGGCCAAGCAGUACGAAGUGUUCCAACAGUGGGUGCAGCAGCUGAAGCAGCACAGGCUGUAUCGGCAACAUCUGCUCACCUACGGGACAAGAGAUGCUAUACUGUCCGACGACAACAAGAACACUCCCAACAACGUCCACCGCACCAAGCUGUCGCCAGAGGUGGGGAGGGAAGUGCCCCGCCUGGCCGCUUGGCUGCUAGAGGCCAACCCCCCGCUGGACAUGGCGGCACGAGAUCUCACCCAGGCUCAGCAGUCACUGGCUCAACUGGCGCGACUCGUCGAACAAUUGGAGACAUCAUCACAAGCCGAUACUGAGUUAUUUAGAGUGCCUUUGACGAGAAAUUUCAACAGUUUCCGAGCAGAGGCGUGGCAUAGGGUGUCGGGUGGGUUCAGGACCACCAAGCGUAAGAUGAGUGCGUCCGACGGCCUCUCACCCAAUGUCAAGAAAGACAGGCGCAAGUUUGGUUUGAGGAAGAAGAAGAGUGGGAAAGGCAGCUCUGUGGAUCUUAAUGCAGGUUCUAGUCCCAACAAGACCACUGUAGAAAAUGAGUCGUCUUCUCCACUCUCGACUUGUUCGUGCAGUGGUGGUCUCUCCAUCUCAGCAGUAGGGGCAGUGCUUAGUAGCAGCAACCCCUCUCUGACCACGGCGGGGGUGGGGGUGACUCGGCCACAGUCACUCCCUGCCGGGGAUCACUUGUUCCCUCCCCUUCCCCCCACCACUGGACUUCCUGCCAUGCAGGCCCCUGACAACCAGCUGCAUAGCGACUACCUCGUGCUGGCCAAAGAACUCCACUCCAGUCUGAAGUCCGUCCUGUACACGCUCAGCACGGAGCGGGAGAGGUUGAAGAGUGCCCUGGAAGCUGAAGGCAGUGCAGGCAACAGCGGAGUUAUUGCUACGCUGCGCAACACGCUGCACCAGACCAUCCAGCAGAACAGCGAGCUGCGCGCACGACUCAACCGCAUACACGAGAGCUCCGACCUGAGUGACCUCUCGGAAACUGUGAGUCCACAGCACCCGGCGCCAGUAGUGUACGACUGCUUCCAAAAACCUCUGCAUCAGUCGCUUUCGUACAGUUCCUCGUGUCUCAGCGCGUCAGAGUUCUUCGACGCAGAGAGUGGCGAGGGAGAAGGUGCUGGUGGGGAGGGUAGAGGAGGAGGAGGGGGAGGCAGUGAUACGUCGUCUGAGGCCGGCUCUCUCACCAGUGAGGAGGGCAGUGUGAGCAGCGAGAACAGUGAGAUGGGCGGCUCAGAGUACAACCCCAUGCAGCCUUUGGACGUAUGUAACAGUGGUGCUAACAUGACAGGUCGUAGGACCAAACUGCCUGCGACACGACCCAACACCGAGGGCUUGUCUCUGUGGAACCUCCUGUGUAAAAACAUCGGCAAGGAUCUCUCUCAGGUGUCCAUGCCUGUCGCGCUCAAUGAACCUCUCAACAUGCUGCAGAGGCUGUGUGAGGAGUUGGAGUACAGUGAGUUGCUAGACAAGGCCAGUGAGAUGUCUGACCCUUACGACAGGAUGGUGUACGUCGCGGCGUUUGCAGUCUCUAGCUACGGGUCCUCCUACUUCCGAGCAGGCUCCAAACCCUUCAACCCUCUACUGGGCGAGACCUACGAGUGCAUCAGGGAAGACAAGGGCUUCAGAUUUGUUGCUGAACAGGUGAGCCAUCACCCGCCUGUCAGCGUCUGCUACGCGGAAAGUAGGAACUUUAUCUUUUGGCAAGACGCCAGAAUAAAAACUAAAUUCUGGGGGAAGUCCAUGGAAUUCCAGCCAACAGGCUACGUCCAUGUGAAGCUGAUGAGGCCGGGGGGUGAAGGCUACGACCUGUACAAGUACAACAAGGUGACAACCUGUGUACACAACCUGUUCAACGCCCAGCGCUGGGUCGACCAGUACGGGGAACUCAAGAUAACCUCUGGCAAGAUCACUUGCAAACUCACAUUUGUCAAGGCGAGCUAUUGGUCGGCCAAGAGGCACGAGAUCCACGGGUCGGUGGUAGACGAAGACGAAGGCAAGGUGGUGAGGAACUUGUUUGGCAAGUGGAGUGAAGCGUUGUAUUGUGGCGUCGCACCUACAGCCAAGUGUGUCUGGCGGCCAGGUGCAAUGCCAGAGGACUACGAGCUUUACUAUGGCUUUACAAGGUUCGCAAUGGAGCUCAACGAGUUGAACCCUGACCAUGCGAAAUAUCUGCCCAACACUGACACUAGGUUCCGUCCUGAUCAAAGACUCCUGGAAGAAGGUAAUCUGAAUGGAGCUGAAGCGAUGAAGUUGCAGCUGGAGCAAGCGCAACGAGAGCGACGCAAGAGCUACGAGCAGUCGGGGGCCGCUCACGAACCUCGGUGGUUCACGUCUUGUCCAUAUCGGGAAUUAGAAAUGUUGGAUGAGAAAAGCGCGACAGACAAUGGCGAGGAGACGUGGGAGUUCAACCACAAGUACUGGGAGGUUCGCAAGAGUCCGGGAUUUGUCAACAUGAACAUAGAGCCACUGUGGUGACUGCUCUCUCUUCUAGUGACUACGCUUGUAAAAUAUGUUCCAGUAUUGUUAGGAUGUAAAUAAAUAUGCGUAAAACAUGUUAUAGAUUACAAAUUCUUUUUCAUCUGUCUUCAAUCAGCAGUAUUGUAAAUGAACUCACAUAUCUUUUCUGUAAUUACAUAAAUGUUUUCACGGUAGCUGCACUGUUUACGAGAUAUUUUGCCUUAAUGUUUGAAGAAGGAGUUGGAAAUAUUUCAUAAAUAUACCCAGCUCGGUUUGGUUCUCGUCCCCGCCCGGUGAUGGUAUCAACUAGUAAAGUUUGGCUCAAGAUUACGUAUUGGUGUGGUUUCUGGGCUAUUAGUAGUAUUCAUUGAAAGUCAUGUGUGUGUUUUUGUUUAGAAAAAAAUUUCUUAAAAAAUAUUUGAUCAGUUUAGUAGUUUCUAUUAAGUGCAAUGAUUCAUAUUGGGGGUUCGAACAUAUCCUGAAGAAAAUAAAAAUUUGUAAAUUAAACUAGUUAAAUCCUUCAUUCAAUUUACCUGAUUUCUCAGUUAAAAAUUGGCGCAACCAUGAAGUUUAUUUCAUAUAGACUUGUAAAUAAUGGUCUAAAAACAAUGUGAAAAUGAAACAUUGGAGAAAUAAUUGGAAAUCAGGUUAAGAAAUUACAGUAUUUUACAAUUUUUUAUUAUUUUAUCCAUGGAGGACAAUCAUAAAUAAUUAGCAUAGAAAACAGCAUAUAUAAUCCUUGAAAUUGCUCUUCUUUAAUCAUAAUCACGUGAAAAAGAUAGGAUUUGAUUAUUUAGAUUAGAUAUAUUACAGUAAAUGUAGUUUAAUUUACACCAUGCAACAAUGUGAAUUAAUUGAUCCACUUUCUAAAUCCCUAAAAAGUUGACAGAGGAUUGUUAAAUUGUAUAUAUCUUGUGAGAGUUAGAUUUAGGAAACUUCUUGUCUUCUUUGGCUUGUGAAUGUGUGCUAUUCAUAGCAGACAGCUUCUAAUAGAAUAACUAAUUGUAAUGUAAUACGACACUUUUGGUAUAUAUCAAUUUAUGGUUUUUGUAUACUUUGAAAGAAAAAAAACGACUGCAAUUGGCUUGCUUUUUUAUGCUAAUCUACCUAAAAAUAAAAAUACACAAAGAACUUCACCCUUAUUUAGUUUUUUUAAUGGCUUUUACUUCAACUGGAACAAUACUUAACUAAUGUUUUAAAUGUGAUAUUCUUAAACGUUAGGCCUAUUUUCUUGUAAAUAUUUGUGUUUUGAUAAUCAUUUGCUUUUUGUCGUUGUGUUCACAAAACAGCUUUGUGAGACUGUAAUUUUGGUGUUCAUGAAAUUUGUGCUUUGUAUUAUACUUUCAAACUGCUUAAACCUUAGGUUAAUCAUAAUUACGCCUAAGUAUAAUUUUAUAGUUCGUUUUGUCAAAAGAAAUUCUGUUGUUUGUAGCAACAGAAUUUCAACCAAAAUUAAACACAUUCUAGUCCUUUUAAAAAUUGGUAACUUACUGUGACUUUUUUAUUCUUGUUGUAUGUUCUAAAGUUUUUUUUUAUAUCUGUUAUGGUGCUUUAGUAUUAAGUGUGAAAAAGUUAUUGUUAAUAUUGAAAACUAAAUUUGUUCAUGUAUGGUAAGCUGUUAAAUUUAUUUUUACAGAUAAAUUCUGUCAUCAAAUAUAUAUAUAAAGAUGUUUCACCAUCUAAAAAAAUGUAUAGAUUAUAAAACCAACCAGAGCUUAACUGCUAAAAUUAGUCUUUUUCUAUUUACUCAAAUUUCUGUCUUCCUUCAUUUUUUUACUCUUAAAGACAUACAUGUUAGAAUAUUAAUUAAUUGAUAUUUAAUUUGUUUGUCUCUUACAUUUUCUCUUAUUCAUGACACUCAUUUCAUGACAUCUAAGAUAGCCCAGCAUGAUAAUUAUAACAAAGACGUUUUCGUUGAAAAUCACACAUACCUAGUUUUUAAGUUAUUUAUCGUCCAACUUAAAUAGUUCAUUUAGUGAACAAAAUCUUGUAACAAACCAAAUAGUUAAUCAACAAAGCAUUUUUGAAUAGGUUUUCUAAAGACAAUUUUUUAAAUAAUUGGCUCCAAAGCUUUUCCAUUAUGAUGGAGUCCUCUGUAAAUACAACACUAGAUUCAGGCUCAAUAUUUUUUCUUCGAGAGUUUGUAAUAUUUCAUUGUAUUUAUUGUGUAUAUUAAUUUUAUAAACUUUUUUAUCACUUAAUGCCAUGCUUAAAUUAAAUUAGUGGCCAUUUAUAUGAACAUAUUAGUAUGUUUUAUGUUGUUAAUAUAUUAAUUAAUUGAUCCUUGUAAUCUAAUAAAAUAAUGAAUAUAUUCUCUAUAAGUUAAGUAACACUCUAAAAGAAGUUGUUGAUGUUAUAUAUUAAAAACCUAUUAGGUUCGCUUUAAGUGUAAGUUUGUCAGUUUCAACCAGAAAACUUUUGAGUUUUUAAAGAUACAAAUAAAACGAGAAUUCCGUCUGAAGAAUUGAUUGCUUUGUGCAUACAAUGUGUUACUAAAUCAGCCCCACCUGUCAGGAAUGUUGUGUUAAACAUAUACAAAAAGUUCCUAAAAAUUCUUUUAUGUCAAUAGAACUCGGCCUUGGUUGUAGAUAUUUUAGUAAGGAGUUUUUUUUUUCAGGCAUGUUUCUUGUACAUGGACGGUAGGAAAGAAAUUAUUGAUUUAAUUGUGUCAGAGUUUAUCGCAGUAUUUAAUACUCGCUUGUUACAUAAAGGAAAUAUACACAUCCCGCGGAUAAUGCCUGUACAACGUUGAAACUAAUUUACUAAACAUGUUAAAUAUAUUCUUCAAGCAGGAUUGAUCAAUCCAAGCCUAUCUUAGAUUGCUUUCAUACAUGUUUUAAGUGUUUUGUCAACUAAAAAGUAAAAACAAAAUAGGCUAUUCAACAAACAAAUUUCAUGUUAAACAGUACACUCAAUUAACUUUUGUGUUUCUAUCUCAAAUUCCCCUUGUACUGUAAAAUGAAGGGCCUAACAAGGUGUGAAGAUUACAGUCGGUAAAGCCUUCCUUCAAAAUGAAAAAAACAGUAGGUAAUUCACAUUACUUUCAAAGAAAGAUUUUCUACCGACUAUUACACUUGCAAUAUAUUAUAAUUCAAUCAUAAGGCUAAAAAAUAUACGAAUUUCUUUGGAACUUGUAAUUGAGUGUACUCAACAAAAUUUUCUUAAUAGCUCAAUUAUAGACUUUAUAUUUAGCAAAAGAGAUUUUUGUAACCACAAUCAAUGAUCUGGUUGAUAUAACAGUCCAGUCAAAAAAGGUUUAACCUCCGAAAAAAUCUGAACGUUUUGAAACUUUGCAAACUUAUUUCUAGGUACCUAGGGAAGAUUAUAUCAAAUGUCCCCAUAAAUAUAAGACGAGCUCUAUCGGCAAUUAGCAGAAACAGGGCUUUUUGGUUUUUGGCAAAAAUCUCUAUAACCGUUGGUCGGAGUUAAAAGUGGCCACAUAUGAAAUGAAAGUUCAUUAAAUAUUAAACAAAAAUGUCAUUUACUUUUUUUUAUUCCUAAUGGUUACAGAGUCAUAGGGCUUUAAAUUAUGGCGUUUUUUCUUAAACUGUUGGGGUGCGAACACUGGUGCAAAGUUAAGUACAGACAGUUUGAGAAAGAAAAAAAAAACGCCAUAAUUUACCACCUUAUAACUCGGUAACCAUUAGGUAAAAUUAAAGUGUAAAUUUCAUUUUUGUAGAAAAUUUAAUGGGCUUUCAUUUGCUAUGUAGCCACUUUUAACCCCGACUAACAGUUCUCGAGAUUCGGUUCUUGAGAUUUAGAUUUUAGCUAAAAACAAAAAAAGUUGCCCAGUUUUUGCUAAUUGCCGCUAGAGCUCGCCUCAUAUGUAUGGGAACUUUUGGUAUAAUAUUCCCUAGGUACCUAGAAAUAUUUGUGCAAAGUUUCAAAACUUUCAGAUUUUUUCAGAGGUUGGGUCAUUAAUUUAUAUAUUUUGACUGGACUGUAAAAUAUAAAUUCUUUUUCUUCCAGCAGUGUUAUCCACAAGGUUUUACAUUUUUCUUGCUUGAUUGUACGUACAGCAGGAGACUACUUCCAAAGCAUAAGUCACUUGUCCGUACUUUAGUAAUUUUAUUGCUUGUUAUUUUUUCUCUAACUUAAAGGUUUAGGGGCUGGAUUGAAAAUAUAUGUAAAAACUUGA